AUGACCGAAAUCACAGCAGCCAACGGCUCCGGCCGGACCGUACCCCACGUUAACGGCAAGGCGACGUACGCCCAGAAGCACAAGAUCGCCGACCACUUCAUUGGCGGCAACAAGCUGGCCAACGCCCCGGCCUCCAAGGUCAAGGACUUUGUUGCCCAGCAAGAUGGUCACACCGUCAUCACCAACGUUUUGAUCGCCAACAACGGCAUUGCCGCCGUCAAGGAGAUCCGUUCGGUGCGAAAAUGGGCGUACGAGACGUUCGGCGACGAGAAGGCCAUUCAGUUCACUGUCAUGGCUACCCCCGAAGAUUUGGCUGCCAACGCCGAUUACAUUCGCAUGGCUGACCACUACGUCGAAGUCCCCGGUGGCACCAACAACCACAACUACGCCAACGUCGACUUGAUUGUCGAUAUUGCCGAGCGUAUGGAUGUCCACGCUGUCUGGGCUGGAUGGGGUCACGCAUCCGAGAACCCCAAGCUUCCCGAGUCCCUUGCCGCCUCCCCCAAGAAGAUUGUCUUCAUCGGUCCCCCAGGAUCUGCGAUGCGAUCUCUCGGUGAUAAGAUUUCCUCAACAAUCGUUGCACAGCACGCCGAGGUGCCCUGCAUUCCCUGGUCAGGAACCGGUGUUGACGAGGUCGAGGUGGAUAGCCAUGGCAUCGUUACCGUUGCCGACAACGUCUACUCCAAGGGAUGCGUUACCUCAUGGCAGGAGGGUCUGGAGAAGGCCAAGUCCAUUGGCUUCCCCGUCAUGAUCAAGGCUUCCGAGGGUGGUGGUGGUAAGGGUAUUCGUAAGGCUCUCUCUGAGGAGGGCUUCGAGCAACUCUACAAGGCCGCCGCAAGCGAAAUUCCGGGUUCGCCCAUCUUCAUCAUGAAGUUGGCUGGCAACGCUAGACAUUUGGAGGUCCAGCUGCUCGCUGAUCAGUACGGCAACAACAUCUCUCUCUUCGGCAGAGAUUGUUCCGUCCAGCGUCGUCACCAGAAGAUUAUCGAGGAGGCUCCCGUCACCAUUGCCAAGGACAUCACUUUCAAGGCCAUGGAGGAGGCUGCCGUCCGUCUCGGUAGACUCGUCGGUUACGUCUCGGCCGGUACCGUCGAGUACCUGUACUCGCACGCUGACGACAAGUUCUACUUCCUCGAGCUUAACCCUCGUCUCCAGGUCGAGCAUCCUACUACCGAGAUGGUCAGUGGUGUCAACCUGCCCGCUGCUCAGCUUCAGAUUGCCAUGGGUAUUCCCCUGCACAGAAUCCGCGACAUCCGUCUCCUGUACGGUGUUGAUCCCAGGACAUCCACUGAGAUCGACUUCGAGUUCAAGCACGAGGGCAGUGAGAAGACGCAGCGCCGUCCCAGACCCAAGGGUCACACCACCGCUUGCAGAAUUACCUCUGAGGACCCUGGUGAAGGUUUCAAGCCCUCCAACGGUGUCAUGCACGACCUGAACUUCAGGAGUAGUUCCAACGUCUGGGGUUACUUCUCCGUCAGUACCGCCUCAAGUAUCCACAGCUUCUCCGACUCUCAGUUCGGUCACAUUUUCGCCUACGGCGAGAACCGUGCUGCUUCCAGGAAGCACAUGGUUGUUGCUCUGAAGGAGUUGAGCAUUCGUGGUGACUUCAGAACCACGGUUGAGUACCUCAUCAAGCUUUUGGAAACUGAGGCUUUCGAGGACAACACCAUCACCACCGGCUGGCUCGACGAGCUCAUCACCAAGAAGCUGACUGCUGAGCGCCCCAACCCCAUGCUGGCCGUCGUCUGCGGUGCCGUUACUAAGGCUCACCUUGCUAGCGAGGACUGCAUGACCGAGUACCGCACCAGCUUGGAGAAGGGUCAGGUUCCUUCCAAGGACAUUCUGAAGACCGUUUUCGCGAUUGACUUCAUCUACGAGGGUUUCCGCUACAAGUUCACCGCUACCCGCGCUAGCACGGACUCCUACCACCUCUUCAUCAAUGGCUCCAAGUGCUCCGUCGGCGUUCGUGUUCUCAGUGACGGUGGUCUCCUGAUUCUGUUGGACGGCCGCAGUCACAGCGUCUACUGGAAGGAGGAGGUCGGUGCCACCCGUCUGUCCGUUGAUGGCAAGACCUGCUUGCUCGAGCAGGAGAACGACCCCACUCAGCUGCGCACCCCCUCUCCCGGUAAGCUCGUCAAGUACCUGGUCGAGAACGGUGAGCACGUCAAGGCUGGCCAGAGCUUCGCUGAGGUCGAGGUCAUGAAGAUGUACAUGCCUUUGAUCGCUGCCGAGGAUGGUAUCGUUCAGCUCAUCAAGCAGCCGGGAGCUACUCUCGAGGCUGGUGACAUUCUGGGUAUCCUUGCUCUUGAUGACCCCAGCCGCGUCAAGCAGGCCCAGCCGUUCGUCGGUCAGCUCCCCACCUACGGAGAGCCCGUUGCGGUUGGUACCAAGCCCGCACAGAGGUUUACCGUCUUGCACAACACCCUCAAGAACAUUCUGCUCGGCUACGACAACUCCGUUAUCAUGGCUGCCACCCUCAAGCAGCUCAUUGAGGUUCUCCGCAACCCCGAGCUGCCCUACAGCGAGUGGAAUGCUCAGUUCGCUGCCCUCCACAGCCGUAUGCCUCAGAAGCUGGACAGCCAGUUCUCCCAGAUUGUCGACCGGGCCAAGGCCCGCCACGCGGAAUUCCCCGCCAAGGCUUUGCAGAAGGCUUUCCUGAAGUUCCUCGACGAGCAUGUCGCUGCCGGUGAUGCUGAACAGCUCAAGGCUACUUUGGCUCCCCUGAACGAGUGCCUCGAGUCCUGGUCCGAGGGCCAGAAGGGCCACGAGCUCAAUGUCAUCAAGAACCUCUUGGCCUCUUACAUCGACAUCGAGCGUCUCUUCACUGGCCACGGCACUCAGGAGGACAGCGUCAUCCUCAAGCUCCGUGACCAGAACAAGGACGACAUCCGCAAGGUUGUCCAGACCGUCUUGUCUCACAGCCGUGUUGGUGCCAAGAGCUCCCUGAUCCUUGCCAUCCUCGAGGAGUACCGCCCCAACAAGCCGAACGUCGGAAACAUCGCCAAGUACCUCCGCCCUGCUCUGCAGCAGUUGACUGAGCUCCAGUCCUCUCGCACGACCUCCAAGGUCUCCCUGAAGGCCCGUGAGAUUAUGAUCCAGUGCUCUCUUCCUUCCCUCGAGGAGCGCACUGCUCAGAUGGAGCACAUUCUCCGUUCCUCCGUCGUCGAGUCUCGUUACGGUGAGGCUGCCUGGGACCACCGUGAGCCUAGCCUUGAUGUCAUCAAGGAGGUCGUUGACUCCAAGUACACCGUCUUCGACGUUCUGACUCUCUUCUUCGCUCACGAGGACCCCUGGGUUUCCCUCGCCGCCCUCGAGGUUUACGUCCGCCGUGCCUACCGUGCGUACAUCCUCAAGCAGAUUGAGUACCACUCUGAUGAGUCCGACACUCCCCUUUUCUGCACUUGGGACUUUGCUCUCCGCAAGAUUGGCCAGAGCGAGUACGGUCUGCCUCUGCAGUCUGCCGCUCCCUCUUCUCCCGCCACUCCCAGCGGUGGCUCUUUCGACUUCAAGCGCAUCCACUCCAUCAGCGACAUGUCCUACCUCAACCACAAGUGGGAUUCCGAGCCUAACCGCAAGGGUGUCAUCGUCCCCGUCAAGUACCUCGAUGAUGCUGAGGAUUUGCUCGGCAAGGCUCUCGAGACCCUUGCCGUCUCCGAUAAGGCUAGAAAGCGUAGCACGCCUGGUCUAAUCCCUGACCUGAGUGGCAAGCGUAAGCCUGCUGCCCCCAAGGUCGACUCUGACGAGCUUUCCGCCGUCAUCAACGUCGCCGUCAGGGACUCUGAGAGCCAGAGUGACCAGGAGAUUCUGUCCCGCAUCGUCCCCAUCGUGGAGCAGUUCAAGGAUGAGCUUCUGUCCCGCAACGUUCGCCGCAUCACCUUCAUCUGCGGUCGCAACGAUGGUUCUUACCCCGGCUACUACACCUUCCGUGGCCCCGAGUACAUCGAGGAUGACAGCAUUCGUCACAGCGAGCCCGCUCUUGCUUUCCAGCUUGAGCUCGGCCGUCUCGCCAAGUUCCACAUCAAGCCCGUCUUCACCGAGAACAAGAACAUCCACGUCUACGAGGGUAUUGGCAAGGCCGUCGACGGUGACAAGCGCUACUUCACUCGCGCCGUCAUCCGUCCCGGCCGCCUCCGUGACGAGAUCCCCACUGCUGAGUACCUCAUCUCCGAGGCUGACCGCGUCAUCAACGAUAUUUUCGAUGCCCUUGAGAUUAUCGGCAACAACAACUCCGAUUUGAACCAGGUCUUCAUCAACUUCACUCCCGUCUUCCAGCUUCACCCCUCGGAGGUCGAGCAAAGCCUUCAGGGCUUCCUGGACCGCUUCGGUGCUCGCGCCUGGCGCCUUCGUGUCGCACAGGUUGAGAUCCGCAUUAUCUGCACCGACCCCCAGACCGGUGUACCUUACCCUCUGCGUGUCAUCAUCACCAACACCUCCGGUUACGUUGUUGAUGUCGACAUCUACGCCGAGCGCAAGUCUGAGAAGGGCGAGUGGGUCUUCAACUCCAUUGGUGGCACCAAGGAGAAGGGUCCCAUGCACUUGCUGCCUGUCUCGACUCCUUACGCUACCAAGAACCCUCUGCAGCCCAAGCGUUACAAGGCUCACCUGAUGGGUACCCAGUACGUCUACGAUUUCCCUGAGCUCUUCCGCCAGGCCAUCCAGAACACCUGGACCCAGAUGGUCAAGAAGCACAGCACUCUUGGUACCCAACAGCCCAAGGCUGGUGAAUGUGUCUCGUACACUGAGCUUGUCCUUGAUGACAAGGACAACCUGCAGGAGGUCAACCGCGAGCCUGGCACCAACACCUGCGGUAUGGUUGGUUGGAUCUUCAACGCCAAGACCCCCGAGUACCCCAAGGGACGCAAGUUCAUUGUUGUCGCCAACGACAUCACCUACAUGAUCGGUUCCUUCGGACCCAAGGAGGACAACUUCUUCUACAAGUGCACUGAGCUCGCCCGCAAGCUUGGUAUCCCCCGCAUCUACCUCUCCGCCAACUCCGGUGCUCGUCUUGGUGUCGCCAACGAGCUCAUGCCUUACUUCAAGGUUGCGUGGAACGAUGCCAACAAGCAGGAUUCCGGCUUCAAGUACUUGUACCUCGACGAGGAUGCCAAGAAGCGUUUCGCCAAGGAUGUCAUCACCGAGGAGGUUUCCGAGGAUGGCGAGAAGCGCCACAAGAUCGUCACCAUUGUCGGUUCCGAGGAUGGUCUCGGUGUCGAGUGCCUGAGAGGCUCUGGUCUCAUCGCCGGUGCCACCAGCAAGGCCUACAACGAUAUCUUCACCGUCACCUUGGUGACGUGCCGCUCUGUCGGUAUUGGUGCUUACCUUGUCCGUCUCGGACAGCGUGCUGUCCAGAUUGAGGGUCAGCCCAUCAUCCUCACCGGUGCCCCUGCCUUGAACAACGUUCUUGGUCGUGAGAUCUACACCUCCAACCUCCAGCUUGGUGGUACCCAGAUCAUGUACCGCAACGGUGUCUCCCACAUGACUGGUGCUGACGAUUUCGAUGGUGUCUCCAAGAUUGUUGAGUGGAUGUCCUUCAUUCCCCAGAGCCGCGGCAACCCGGUUCCCAUCAGCCCCAGUGUUGACAGCUGGGACCGUGACGUCGUCUACACGCCUCCUCAGAAGCAGCCUUACGACGUCAGGUGGAUGAUCCACGGUCGCACCGACGAGGAUGGCACCUUCGAGUCCGGUCUCUUCGACAAGGACUCUUUCGUCGAGACUCUCGGCGGAUGGGCCCGCACCGUCGUUGUCGGUCGCGCUCGCCUUAACGGUAUCCCCAUGGGUGUCAUUGCUGUUGAGACCCGCACUGUCGAGAACAUCACUCCUGCUGACCCCGCCAACCCCGACUCCAUCGAGCAGGUCACCAACGAGGCCGGUGGUGUCUGGUACCCCAACUCCGCCUUCAAGACUGCCCAGGCUAUCAACGACUUCAACAAUGGUGAGCAGCUGCCUCUCAUGAUCCUCGCCAACUGGAGAGGUUUCUCUGGUGGUCAGCGCGACAUGUACAACGAGGUUCUCAAGUACGGUUCUUACAUCGUCGACGCCCUCGUCAAGUACGAGCAGCCCGUCUUCGUCUACAUUCCUCCCUUCGGUGAGCUUCGUGGUGGCUCUUGGGUCGUCGUUGACCCCACCAUCAACCCCACUUACAUGGAGAUGUACGCCGACGUCGAUGCCCGUGGCGGUGUCCUCGAGCCCGAGGGUAUCAUCGGUAUCAAGUACCGCAAGGACAAGCAGCUUGAGACCAUGGCCCGCCUUGACCCCGUCUACGCCUCUCUUAAGAAGCAGAUGACUGCAGACCUUCCCAAGGAGCAGGCCGAUGAACUCAAGAAGAAGAUGACCAUCCGCGAGAAGCAGCUUCUGCCCGUCUACUCCCAGAUCGCUGUUCAGUUCGCCGACCUUCACGACCGUGCCGGCCGCAUGAAGGCCAAGGGUGUCAUCCGUGAUCAGCUAGAGUGGAGUAAUUCUCGUCGCUACUUCUACUGGCGCCUGCGCCGCCGUCUCAACGAGGAGUACCUCCUCAAGCGCAUGAACUCUACCAUUGUCACCUCCGGACCUGGCUCCGACCGCACCCAAACUCCCGAGGCUCGCCAGCGCAACCUCCAGUUCCUUGAGUCCUGGUCUGGUGUUGUCAACUUCGCCACCAACGACCGCGAGGUUUCUGAGUGGUACGAGGGCAACCGCAAGUCAAUCACGGAGAGAAUCGAGGCUGUUAAGGCUGACAACUUGGCCACUGAGCUGAGCGCCAUCUUGAGGAACAACGCCAACGCUGGUAUGCGUGGUGUCCGCGAAGUUCUCCGCACGAUGCCUCCUGAGGAGCGUGACCAGCUCCUCAAGUACCUGAGGGAUUAA